AUGUCCGGGUAUAACUUUGUAACCCAGCAUUCCAAGAGUUCUAGGGGCGAAAGUUCUCGGGACAAUAGUGUUCUUUCAGCCAAAACAGGUCUAAGUGAGGGAACAGCAAUCGUUGACUCUUCCUCCAAUGCUGCUACAACAAGUGCUAUGGCUACCGCUGCCACGGCGUCAUCUAUGGGGACGUCGUCUAUUGAUGAUACGCCAACUGCUUUACUUGAACAGUUGGUUUAUGUGGAUAACUUUCUCCAGUCUAACAAUAACGAUCCAAUCAGCGAUAGUCCUAACUUCGAGGAGCAAUUAAGUGCUGAAUUGGCUGCUUUUGCUGAUGAUGAGUUCAUAUUUCCCGACGAGGAUAAGCCUAAGAAACCUGUUGAUGAUUCAGGUGAUGCAGGUGGUAACAAUAACCAAUCAUCGUGGCAGUUUAUCGAUAAUUCGACCAAUCAACCUUCAUCCCUGCCAAUUUCUGGUAGCUCCAGGGAUUCUCGAGACCCUCAUAACUCUGUUGAGUCGUUUUCAGGUCCUUCAAGCUUUCAACAGACCGCUUUUAACAACGUUAACGUGAAUUCUACAGAGGUUCCUGGCACCAUACAAGAAUUGUUGGGUCAUUCGGGAUUCUCUAGGACAUCACAAACGCAGACAAGACAGUCUUUUAAUGCUACACAGGCGUUGUUAGGCUCGUUGGGUGCCACAGAUUCAUCUAUAGCACAAGUUCAGCAGAUGCUUCCGCGGGUUGAGAUUCCUCAAGGAGCUCAGAAUACGCUUGCAGCAGCUGGAUUGUCGCAGACGCAAAUUGAGGCUCUUGCUACGUUGAUUGCAUGCCAUAAAAAUGAUCUCUUACGUCAAUCUGAGGGGUCAUCUGGUCCAACAGUUUCACACUCUACCACUUCUACGCAGUUCGAUACGCACACUCAGUCUGAUCCCUUGGCAAGUUUAGCACAGAACGCAGAAUCGCCUCUUUCACGACAUGCUGAGUUUCUAGCGCAAUCACUUCUCAAUCCUCGACCUUUCCUUCCCAGAAUGGAGGAGGAUUAUCAAGGCAAUAGCGCGAGAAAUAACGGUUCACUUCCUCCAGGGAUUGCAUCGAAUUUUGCCGCAACUGCCCAGACUUUCCCGCUAGCCAUGUCGCCGACCCCGGUGGCCAUGACUAUGACGACAACGGAGAAUUCGACUCCUUCAUCUACGAUUGGCUCUAACACGAGGCCCUCUUUACAAAAUUCGUUCAGUAAUGUUGAUACUCGGUCUAGAGCUACUCAGAGAGGUAGUGUUUCGUCUGUCAGUACAUCACCGUUUUCUUCGGAUUCGAAAGGAGACGUUGAAAAGGAUAAGCGGCGCCGCAAUACGGCAGCUUCAGCGAGAUUCAGAAUUAAAAAGAAGGUGAAAGAACAGGAAAUGGAGAGAAGCUUGAAAGAAUUGUCAGAUAUGUCAAAGAACCUAGAGGUGAAAAUUCAGCAGCUUCAAAUGGAGAACAAAUUGAUGCGAAAUUUAGUGAUUGAAAAGAAUCAUCAACGCGAUACUGAUGAAGUGGAAAGAUUGAAGAAGAAGGCUAAGCUCAGCGUUGCUAUGGAAAAUGAUGAGCCAAAGGGGUAUCAAACGCAGCAGAAGAGACGCGGUCAGUACGGAUAUAAUGAUGGGAACAAACGUGUUCUUUCUAUAGAUGGUAAUUAA